GAAGCUUUCUCGCGAGCUGUGUCCCGCUUUCAUCGAAACGGUCGCUUAUUAAUGAUUGAUUGACGCUCACCUGUAGUGACGUAAAGGGUUUGCUUUAAUGGGCGCCUGCAAACAGAGGAGGAAGUGGGCGAGUAAAGACGGAGAAUGUGACAGAAAGCGGCGGAGGAGUACAGCUGCUGCUCAAUAAAAGCUGCACUCUUUCUGCGCGUCGGACAGCAGCUCCGAGAGCACCGGCGGACUGACCCGUGCUGUCAGCGAGUAAACGAGGCUGCUGUCAGAAGCUCUGCUCACUCAGUUGCUGAAGAGCCCAGACCAGCCAACAUUAGGACAGGAGGACGCCAUGUCUCAGAGCCAGUCAGAGGACUGCCAGGUUCCUCAGAUCGUGGAGAAUCAGUUCGCCACAGAACUCCAUAUAUACGAGUCGGGUGAUGAGUGCCCUUCGCCAGGCUCUGCAACACCCGAGCCUGAAGCAUCCACACCAAAGGAGCAAGCGGAGGAUGUGGAUGAGGAUAAAGUGGACAGGCUUGUGGUGCCUCAGCAGCUGAGCACAACAAGUCCUGCUGCACUGAAGGUUGGCAAGGAGCAAAUGAUCCCCAAGAAGUUAGCAGUGUCCAGCCGGCCUAAAAACCGACACCACACCACCGUGGUGACAUUCCCGGUGGGACUGGAGAACUCCAGCAGUGCGAACCAAAGCCGUCGCUCAACCCCAAGGUCGGAUUUGUCCUGGGACGAUUACGACAGUGAUGGAGAUGGUUCUGGUAUUAGGAGGAACCGCAGGAACCAGUCAUACAGAGCGGCAAUAAUUAGCUUGAAUUUUGAAACCUUGGCGACAGAACAAGCAACUGCAACCGAACUGAAACCUGUUAGAGAGGGCAGAGCACCCAGUCCUGCUCCAAUUCGCACCCAUGGACGUAAGGGAACCCUGGGGAGAAAGAGGAACCAGAGACAACGUGGAUCAUUCAAAGAUGCUACACCGCACCUCUACCAGGAAAUCCGUGAGCGGGGGCUGCAGUCCACCAACCAAGAUGAGUCCCUUGAUGAGUCUGUGGUGGCAGAGCCUGCUGCAAAUGAUCAGGGCAUUGUGAUAAAGAGCUACCGACCAACCCAGCUCACCUGGAGCCAGCUGGUGAAGGACACCGGUAUUCUGGACUCAGUCACACCUCAGGAGCGAAAGCGACAGGAGGCCAUUUUUGAGAUCAUCACCUCAGAGCAUUCAUACCUGCACAGCCUGGGUAUCCUGGUACGCAACUUCAAGGAAAGCGAAACACUGAGGAAGACAAUGACGGCCACAGAGCACCACCACCUAUUCUCCAAUAUUGCCGUCAUCCGUGACGUUAGUCAAAGGUUUUUUGAGGACCUUGAACAACGUCACUCUGACAACCCAGUGAUCAUGGACAUUAGCGACAUUGUUCAGACCCACGCUGCUAACCACUUUGAGCCGUACAUUAGCUACUGCUCCAACGAGACCUUUCAGCAGAGGACCCUGCAGAAGUUAUUGUCAAGUAACAGUGCGUUCAAGGAGAUCCUGAAGAAAAUCGAAAUGAACAGUGAAUGCAGAGGUCUCCCCAUGCUCUCCUUUCUCAUCCUUCCCAUGCAGCGAGUAACCAGACUGCCACUACUGCUGGAUACAAUCAGCCAGAAAACUACACAAGGAACAGCGCAGUACUUUGCUGCUAUGUGGGCAUUGAACUCCAUCAACAAGCUGGUCACUAGCUGCAAUGAUGGAGCUAGACGGAUGGAGCGAACUGAGCAGAUGUACACCAUCGAGAAACAAAUGGAUUUUGGUAAAAUCAAGGCAUUCCCACUGGUGUCAUCAUCGCGGUGGCUGAAGAAGCGCGGUGAGCUGCGCCUCUCACUUGAAGAGUUCAGCAUAUGGAAGGCUUUCAGCACCAGAAGCUACUACCUGUUUGUCUUCAGCGAUGUACUAAUUGUCACCAAGAAGAAGAGUGAAGAGAGUUUUGUGGUGUUGGAUUACGCUACUUUAGAGAAUAUUGAGGUGGAAAUGGGUGAGGACGGAGAGAAAAGGGUGCCUACGUCUCCCAAGAACAACUCCAGCUACCUUUCUUUUAGACUACUGAUGAGCAAGAACAGUGAAGGGAGAACAGAGCAAAUCUCCCUACUGGCUGAGUCCAGGGUGGACCGGGAACGAUGGAUAGUUGCUCUUACAGAACACAAGGAGACAGCUGGCUCCAAUAAUACUGAUGGUCUGCCACAGUAUGAGGCCACCAAAUCCUACAUGCCAAAGGAGCCAGAUGAACUGGGCCUGAAAGAGGCCGAGCUUGUCAUUGUCCUACAAAAACAAGAGGGAUGGUGCUAUGGGGAGAGAAUGCGAGAUGGAGUGAGGGGCUGGUUUCCUGAUAGCUGUGCCACAGAGAUCACCAAUCCUGACGCCAUAGAGAGCAACGUACAGCGUAUGAAGCGUUUGCGCAAAGAGACCAACGUCUGAGACAUUGCACUGCUGAUGAAUCGUACUAAACAUAAACUAUCAAUUAUAGUAGAUGUGGUCCAGCAGUCCAUUACCAACAGACUGAAAAACAUUGACUGGGCACAGAGAAAACCAUAACCAAUCAUUAAUGCUAUGCUCUGGUCUCAGAUGCGAUGAUUCAGGUUCCUAUUUCUACCUUGUGCCUUCCAUUUCUACCAUCAGGCUAUCAAAACACAUUAUUUGAAACUGUGUCGAUCUCUUUCAGGAACAAUUGAACAGUAAGGAUUUUUGUCCACCUGUAUGAAUAUGCAGCACAAAGGCUUCCUGGCGAAGUGUACAGUUUAGUCACUUUGUACAGCUCACUCCAGCCAUAUUCUGUUUAGCUGGUUUUUAAGCUGCAUUUUAAUUUACUUGCUGCAGUAAAAUGAUCUUUAGAUGUAGAACACAUUUGUGGAUAAAUACUGGUACUACACUGUCAAUGUAUAAAAUGUUUUAAAGGGUUUUAUUACUGUGCUGUGAAAAAGUGACCAAAGUUCUGAUUAAACAUUUACCACUGUAAAUAUAGUUGAUGAUAACCACACCAUUGCUCAAGUCCCUCAUCUUUAUAUGAAGUGGGGAAUAAAAACAAAACCUUAAACUGUGUCUUCUGUAAAUGAAAGAUUAGAAUGUGUCUUUUUCCAUAUCCUGUAUACUUGAAAUAAAAACAGCCACCACUCCAAACAUUUUUCCUGGGUUCUGGACUUUUAUUUGAGCUUGCAUUUUGUUAAAAUGUUUGAAUACAUAAAAAGUUAUUUAAAAAUGUCAAACUGACCAGAUAUCAAAUUCCAUUUUAUCUUUAAAAACCAUUUGGUGUAAAAACUUAGGACAGAUUUAGAAAAACA